GUUUCUUUACUGUUUGUUUACUUUUGACUUGAGCUUUGAGCUGCUUGAAAAUGUGUUUUAUGAUUAUGAAAAUUAAAGGGCUGUGAGUGUAAUGAAGCUGAUUUGUUUUUAGGAAUUUUCUAAUCUUAACUGCAGCAAUGGCUCACAAAAGCUUUCAACCCAUAGUGCUAGUUCAUGGAGGUGCAGGGGACAUUCCAGACUCCCGGGUGUCAGCUAAGCUAGAUGGGGUGUGCAGAGCAGCCCGCAAGGGCUAUGAAAUUUUACAGAAAACUGGCUCUGUCUUGGAUGGUAUUGUUGCUGCUGUUGAACUGAUGGAAGACGAGCCUGCGUUCAAUGCAGGUAAAGGUUCCGUUUUGACAUUGGAGGGUAACAUAGAAAUGGAAGCCUUAAUAUGUGAAGGGAAAAAUUUAAAAUCAGGAGCUGUUACUCUGGUGAAGAAUAUCGCCCAUCCCAUAUCUUUAGCUCGUCGAGUAAUGGUGGAAACCCCACAUGCCUUCCUGGGGGGUGAAGCAGUCAAUGAGUUUGCUGCUAGGAUGGGUGUGCCGACCGUACCUGAUGACUAUCUGUUCACCUCUGCAGCCCAGGCCGCUCUGGAUCACUUCAAGCAGGCUAAGUCUAUUCCAUCUAAAAUGGAAAUUGGAGAGGUAGGGGUGGGCACAGUGGGCAGUGUUGCCAUAGAUGCAGCCGGACACAUGGCCUCAGCCACUUCUACUGGAGGUAUCACAGGCAAGUACAACGGUCGCAUUGGUGACACGCCAUUGCUGGGGUGUGGAGGGUAUGCAGACGAUGAGCGAGGGACAGUGUCCACCACUGGCCAUGGGGAGACUAUCAUGAGGUACAACCUAGCGCAGCGCAUACUGGCUGAUAUCGCUUCUGGUAAAUCGGCUCAAGAAGGUACAAAGGACCAGUGUGAGGGUAUGACCAAGAGACUAAACAACACGGGAGGAGCAAUCACCAUCUCAUCUAGAGGGGAAGUGGGUGUAUUCUUCACCUCGAAGAGAAUGGCUUGGGCUUACCAACUGGGCGAUGAGCUCCACUAUGGAAUAGAGCACGGCCAACAUUUAGUAGAUAAAGUUUGAGCUAAGCAAAUUUAAAAAAAUAUUAUAUUUUUCAGUUUUAAGCUUGAUGAAAUUGUAAUAAAGGAUAUAUGUCUAUUGUC